AAACUCGUUCGCCACCUUCUGCAGCUAUAAUUUAUUUUCUCUUCGUAAUAUCUCUGUUGGUCAAAUCUGUUACAAAUGCUGCCAUUAAGCCAAACGCUAGAACAGAGAAAUGUUGAAUAAAUUCAUGUUACCACCUGCGUAAACACAAAAAAAAUGUUGACACACAUGAAGACAUAUUUAAAUGUAAUAAUAUUUUAACACGUUUACCAACAUACUAUUGCCUUCCAUAAUCAAUCACUUCAACAAGACUUUACUGACACCUGAAUGCCAGCAAAGGCAUUGCAGACAUUUUACGCAUGCCAUUUACGCACAGGCUCGUUUUCACUGUAUCUGCACCGUUCAGAGGGCACGCGAGGGUCAUCAAUCACCAUAAGUGAUGGUGUUAAUGUGCACAGACGGUAACUUAUACUUUACUAUAGGUUACACAAUUAGCAACAAUUACACUACAUUUAAUUUAUCGUUUCUUUAAUUAGGUCGACCAUCUGAAAAGACAGACAUGUAAACUUACAUAAAAAGUGAGCACAUAAUACAUUUUACAUAUAUAUAUUUUACAGACAUUCACAUUAAAUCCCAAUAAAGAUUCAAUUUAGGCCCUUGGCUAUUAAAAACCUUUACAUUGCCCCAUGUGAAAAGUAUUUUAUACAAUGUUUAAACUGUUGCUAUUAUGGCACAGUCUACAUUAAAUUAAGCAAAAACAGUGUCAUUAUCAUACAAACCUGACUACAAACCUAUAACAGCCGUAUACAAUAUAAAGGUUUACCUCAUGCUUUUAUCCGUAUUGCACAGCACAGUUUAACACAAUGCACAAGUACAUGGCCACAGAGUACAUUUCACCCAAAUCAGCAGCGUAUAUUAUUAGCCCUAUGCAAUAUCAAGCACUUUUGCAUAAGACCACACUUAGCCUACCAUUUCAGCAUCUUCAUUUAUGUACAUAUAAAUAGAACAGCUCUGUCUACUGGACACAUUUUUCGACCGACUGCUUUGACUGCUUUGCACACAGUGUCUAUUACAUAGCCUAUGCCUCAUAUUUCGGGUGAGUGAAGGUAUAUAAGCUUGUGAGAGUCGCUGAGGAGUUCACUGCAGUGAGCAGAUACAUCUGAGCGAAUCCUCUCUAGUCUUAGAGAUAACCCUAAGUUAAAAAUGGCAUUCGCAGGAAUUCUGACCGAGGCUGACAUCACUGCAGCCCUUGCUGCAUGCCAAGCUGCCGACUCUUUCAAGUACAAAGACUUCUUCGCUAAGGUCGGCCUGGCUGCCAAGACCCCUGACGACAUCAAGAAGGCCUUUGCCGUCAUUGACCAGGACAAGAGUGGCUUCAUUGAGGAGGAUGAGCUGAAGCUGUUCCUGCAGAACUUCUCCGCCGGUGCCAGAGCUCUGACCGAUGCUGAGACCAAGGCAUUUCUCAUGGCCGGUGACUCUGAUGGCGACGGCAAGAUCGGAAUUGAUGAGUUUGCUGCCUUGGUCAAGGCAUAAAUAGAAGAAAUGACCAACAUCAUACUUUACAACUCUAAAGGAACAACUUGAGCCAAGACAUACUCUUCCUCUCCUCUUCUCCCUCUCACUCUCUCUCUCUCUCAGCUCUCCACUUUUGUACAAUUGACCUUUCAACCCCCCGACCAUACAACAAACUGAUGCCCCCACCUCACCCUCUCGCUCUCUCUCUGGUCGCACUCACCCCCUUUGGCUGUUCACAAUGAAUGUACCUGACUAAAUGUAUAGCAUGGUUGACUUUUGUCUUUCUCUCUCUCUCUCAAUUCUGUCGUCGUUUUAUUAUGUGAGUUUUGCUUAGUGUGAGAUCAAGUGACUGUACUGGGAAACGGACG